AUGCACAAUGCGACAAACAUAGACCUGACCAGCUACGCCACGAGUAAAGCCGCGACUGACCACCUUGUCAAGCUGCUGGCGGCCAAAUUCAGCCGCUUUUAUGUACGAGUGGUGGGAAUAAACCCAGGUUUUGUCCCAAGCAGCAUGAACCCUAUUGGGGAGGAAGGAAACCUCUUCAGUGCCCUUUUCGAUCAGGUCCCUGCCAAGAGAGCAGGAAACGAGGAUGAUAUUGCUGGCACGAUUCUGUAUCUCGUCAGCCGUGCCGGAGCCUACGUCGAUGGAAUAUCCCUUUGCGUAGACGGUGGUCGCGUUCUUCUGGCAAAUGGUCAGGACUCCGACAUAAACGGCCGAGACCUACGGGCACUUGCAGCUCAGCUCCGCGUUGAGACUCUGGAUAGUCAAGACGCCGAAGAUUAUCUUACACUACUGAGGUCGCUCGAGGCGGUCAUGAAAAGAGUUGAUGAUGCGCCCGACUAUAUCGCACCGGAACUGCUUCCUCACAAGACGUUGGAAGCUCCGGGUGGAAGCAGCAGCGGCUCUGCAGUCCUCGUCGCGGCCCACCGCUUGGCAUCAACCGAAGAUGGCUCGUGGGGUCACACUGUUGAGCUUGCCAUCGGCAGCGACCAAGCCGGGUCGGUGCGCAUUCCGGCUUCCUACAAUGGCAUUUACGGACUGAAGCCCACGUUCGGUCUUGUUCCCUACACUGGCGCAGCGUCGAUGUCUCCCAUGAUAGAUCAUCUGGGUCCACUGGCGGCAAAACUUGAAGAUCUUGCUGUCAUGCUGGAGGUUAUGGCGGGCUACGACGGCUUCGACCCGCGAAUGACUCCAGAAAGCCCCUUGGCGCAUCAAGUAAAACCUUACUUGAGCAUGCUACUUCGGGCGCGGCAAGAGGCGCAGUCUACGCCAAAGCUGAGUCAGAGACUGAGGGUUGGUCUCUUAAAGGAAUCCUUCUCCAUGCCCGGGGUUGCUUCCGAUGUGCGAGAUACCGUCUGCCAGACAGCAACGCGAUACUUCGAGGCUGUCGGUGCUUCUGUCGUGGAGGUAUCCAUCCCGCUGCACCAGCGAGGUCCAGAAAUAUGGACGGCAGCAACUCGGCCAUCUAUGUCUACUUAUUUGUGUCAAGGAAACCCCUCUGGCCACCUUGCUUACCUGUCACCGCAUACGCAAAUCAAGUGGCCGCCGUCCCAGGACACAUACGAUACCCUCACGUCAAACAACCCAGCAGUGGUCAACAUCAUGCUCAGCGAGAGGUUCGCCAGAGAGUUCUCCAAGGCAGGGGUAGAAGCCAAGGCGCACCGUAUGGUUUUUGAGCUCAGAGCUGCCUACGAUUCCGCCUUGGAGCAUGUUGACAUCUUAGUCACGCCUUGUGCUCCGACAGUUGCGAUGCCUCAUCCUGACUCGAUCAUCGGCGGGAAGAAGGCGUCCAUCUUGGAUAGGCUUGGGGUUGCCAUUGGUUUAACAAGCAACACCUGUCCUUUCAACGUCACUGGCCAUCCCGGCCUGAGCGUCCCUUGUGGGUCAUCGACAUCUAAAUGCCAGCCAUAUGCCCCGCUUCCUAUAGGCAUGCAACUUGUUGGAAGACGAUGGGCAGAUGAGCAGGUCAUUGAGGCUGCGGCUUUGUUUGAAAGAGGGCGAGAGCUGGUUCAGAACGAAAUCGACUCUGGCAAAUAA